GAGUACCGGCCGUCUUGAGAGCUUGGGGCGCCGCCGAGCCUUCGCACCUCGCCUCGCCGAACCUCACCGCACCUGGUCCCGCCGGUGGCACCUCUCCUCACCGCACCGCACCGCGCCGAGCCGAGCUGAGCCGAGCCGAGCCGAGCCGAGCCGAGCCGAGCAGAGCCGGAGGCUCCGCAUCCCACCGCGCCGCCCAAGAGCUAGGCCCGUCGGAGGAGAACGCGCAGCCCACGCCCAGCAUGCCGGGGAAUCGCAGCCGUCGUCGUCGAGGGUCCUCCCACGGCCAGGGCCGGCCCCGCUCCCGCACCGCCCGAGCGCAGCUGUUGUUUUCCGUGAGCUGGGUGGAGCACCUCCUGCGGGAGGGCCACUACGCCCGGCGCCUGAGCCCCUCCGCCCCGGUCUUCCUGGCGGCCGUCAUCCAGUACCUGACGGCCAAGGUCCUGGAGCUGGCGGGCAACGAGGCCUGCAAGAGCGGCAGGAGGCGCAUCACCCCGGAGCUCGUGGACAUGGCGGUCCACAACAACGCGCUGCUCAGCGGCUUCUUUGGCGCCACGACCAUCUCCCAGGUGGCCCCGGGCCGGGAGUAGCUGCCCAGCGCGACCCGGGUCCCCGGGCCGACCGACCGUCGGGCCCCAGGCCCGCUCACAGCCCCGGGGCGGCCCCAGCCUGUCUGGGGCCUCGGGCACAGUCAUGGGAAAUCUCUAAGAAUAAAGUGUUUCAGGAAA